UCCCGCCGCUCAGUCGCCGGUCUUCGGCCUCUGAAGUGGUCGGGCGGCAGCCGGCAAGCCGGCGAUCAGACUGCCCGGCGGGCGGACGGCGGGGCCGGCCUGCUGUCUCCGAGGAAGAGGGACGUGGCAAUUUUUCCGGUGUCUAGAAUCCCGUCGGACCCGUGCAGCCUGCCCAGGCCGACGAGGGAGAAACUGAGGAGCCGCAGACUCUCCACCCGUGCCGCCGCCGCCAUGGCUGCCAUGAUGGAUCGGAAGUGAGCCUCAGGGCGACUGCUACCGGCGCCGGCGCUUCGAGUCUGAGUUCCCGGGCCACCGCCGCCGCGGGAAGGGCGGGCGACGCGCCAGACUGCUGACUCUCUCGGCCUUCGCGACCCCUGUCCUCAGCUCGGGCCUGCUUCCUUCCAGACUGAGAGGCGGGGAGUGGCUCCCGGUCUCCGGCCCCGGCAGCAAGGAAGAUGGCGGACCCGGCCGAGUGCAACAUCAAAGUGAUGUGUCGCUUCAGACCUCUCAAUGAGUCUGAGGUGAACCGCGGCGAUAAGUACAUCGCCAAGUUUCAGGGAGAAGACACGGUCAUGAUCGCGUCCAAGCCUUAUGCAUUUGACCGAGUGUUCCAGUCAAACACCUCUCAAGAGCAAGUAUAUAAUGAUUGUGCAAAGAAGAUUGUUAAAGAUGUACUUGAGGGAUACAAUGGAACGAUAUUUGCAUAUGGACAAACAUCCUCUGGGAAGACACAUACAAUGGAGGGUAAACUUCAUGAUCCAGAAGGCAUGGGCAUUAUUCCAAGAAUAGUGCAAGAUAUUUUUAAUUACAUUUAUUCUAUGGAUGAAAAUUUGGAAUUUCAUAUUAAGGUUUCAUAUUUUGAAAUUUAUUUGGAUAAGAUAAGGGACCUGUUAGAUGUUUCAAAGACCAACCUUUCCGUUCAUGAAGAUAAAAACCGAGUUCCCUAUGUAAAGGGAUGCACAGAGCGUUUUGUAUGUAGUCCAGAUGAAGUUAUGGAUACCAUUGAUGAAGGAAAAUCCAACAGACAUGUAGCAGUUACAAAUAUGAAUGAACAUAGCUCUAGGAGUCACAGUAUAUUUCUUAUUAAUGUAAAACAAGAGAACACGCAAACGGAACAAAAGCUGAGUGGAAAACUUUAUCUGGUUGAUUUAGCUGGUAGUGAAAAGGUUAGUAAAACUGGAGCUGAAGGUGCUGUGCUGGAUGAAGCUAAGAACAUCAACAAGUCACUUUCUGCUCUUGGAAAUGUCAUUUCUGCUUUGGCAGAGGGAAGUACGUAUGUUCCAUAUCGCGAUAGUAAAAUGACAAGAAUUCUUCAAGAUUCAUUAGGUGGGAACUGUAGAACCACUAUCGUAAUUUGCUGCUCUCCAUCAUCGUACAAUGAAUCUGAAACAAAAUCUACACUCCUGUUUGGUCAAAGGGCCAAAACAAUUAAGAACACAGUUUGUGUAAAUGUAGAAUUAACUGCAGAACAGUGGAAAAAGAAGUAUGAAAGAGAAAAGGAAAAAAAUAAGACCCUGCGGAACACCAUUCAAUGGCUUGAAAAUGAACUCAACCGGUGGCGUAAUGGAGAGACAGUGCCUAUUGAUGAACAGUUUGACAAAGAGAAAGCCAACUUGGAAGCUUUUGCAGUGGAUAAGGAUAUUACCAUCACCAAUGAUAAACCCACAGCUACGAUUGGAGUUACUGGAAACUUUACUGAUGCUGAGAGAAGAAAGUGUGAGGAAGAAAUUGCUAAAUUGUACAAACAACUUGAUGACAAGGAUGAAGAAAUUAAUCAACAGAGCCAGUUGGUAGAGAAACUAAAGACACAAAUGUUAGAUCAAGAAGAGCUUCUGGCAUCGACCAGAAGAGAUCAAGAUAAUAUGCAAGCUGAACUGAAUCGCCUUCAAGCAGAAAAUGAUGCCUCUAAAGAAGAAGUAAAAGAAGUUUUACAAGCCUUAGAGGAGCUUGCUGUCAAUUAUGAUCAGAAGUCUCAGGAAGUCGAAGAUAAAACUAAGGAAUAUGAAUUGCUUAGUGAUGAACUAAACCAGAAAUCGGCAACUUUAGCAAGUAUAGAUGCUGAACUUCAGAAACUUAAGGAAAUGACCAACCACCAAAAAAAACGAGCAGCUGAGAUGAUGGCAUCUUUACUAAAAGACCUUGCAGAAAUAGGAAUUGCUGUAGGAAAUAAUGAUGUAAAGCAGCCUGAGGGAACUGGCAUGAUAGAUGAAGAGUUCACUGUUGCAAGGCUCUACAUUAGCAAAAUGAAAUCAGAAGUAAAAACAAUGGUAAAACGCUGCAAACAGUUAGAAAGCACGCAAACUGAGAGCAACAAAAAAAUGGAAGAAAAUGAAAAGGAGUUAGCAGCAUGCCAGCUUCGUAUCUCUCAACAUGAAGCCAAAAUCAAAUCAUUGACUGAAUACCUUCAAAAUGUGGAGCAAAAGAAAAGACAGCUAGAGGAAUCUGUCGAUUCCCUCAGUGAAGAACUAGUCCAACUUCGUGCACAAGAGAAAGUGCAUGAAAUGGAAAAGGAGCACUUAAAUAAAGUUCAGACUGCAAAUGAAGUUAAGGCAACUGUUGAACAGCAGAUCCAGAGCCACAGAGAAACACAUCAAAAACAAAUUAGUAGUUUGAGAGAUGAAGUUGAGGCAAAAGAAAAACUUAUUACUGAUCUUCAAGACCAAAACCAGAAAAUGAUGUUAGAACAGGAACGUCUGAGGGUAGAGCAUGAGAAAUUGAAAGCUACAGAUCAGGAAAAGAGCAGAAAACUACAUGAACUUACAGUCAUGCAAGAUAGACGAGAACAAGCAAGACAAGACUUGAAAGGUUUGGAAGAGACAGUGGCAAAAGAACUUCAGACUUUACACAACCUGCGUAAGCUCUUUGUUCAGGACUUGGCCACCAGAGUUAAAAAGAGUGCCGAGAUUGAUUCUGAUGACACUGGAGGCAGUGCUGCUCAAAAGCAGAAGAUCUCCUUUCUUGAAAAUAAUCUUGAACAACUCACUAAAGUGCACAAACAGUUGGUACGUGAUAAUGCAGAUCUUCGCUGUGAACUUCCUAAGUUGGAAAAGCGACUUAGAGCUACAGCUGAGAGGGUAAAAGCUUUGGAGUCAGCACUGAAAGAAGCCAAAGAAAAUGCAUCUCGUGAUCGCAAACGCUAUCAGCAAGAAGUAGAUCGUAUAAAGGAAGCAGUCAGGUCAAAGAAUAUGGCUAGAAGAGGACAUUCUGCACAAAUUGCUAAACCUAUUCGUCCUGGGCAACAUCCAGCAGCUUCUCCAACUCAUCCAAGUGCAAUUCGUGGAGGAGGUGCAUUUGUUCAGAACAGCCAGCCAGUAGCAGUUCGAGGUGGAGGAGGCAAACAAGUGUAACCUCUACACAUUACCCACAGGCAUUGAAAGUAAUUGAAUAUGAAGAGGACAUAAUAUCAAGCAGAGUCUUUCAGUGACUACCCCCUGGGAAUUGUAGAAUUAUAACUUUUUUUUAAUGUAUAAAUUAUACCUGGCUUGUACAGCUGUUUCCUACCCACUCUUCUUGUAAACUCUGCUGCUUCCCAACACAACUAGAGUGCAAUUUUGGCGUCUUAGGAGGGAAAAAAAUGACAGUUUACAACUGUGGUCCUAUUUAUUACACAGUUUGUCUUUUGUGUCUUAAAUUUAGUCUUCACUGUGCCAAGCUAACUGUACCAUAUAGGAUUGUGCUUUUUGUA